UUAUAAAAAUCAAAUUCAGCACGUGUGUAAAAGUGCCAAACUUCAAUCGUGAAAACAUGGAUGAGAAUCGCCAGGAGCAGCAGUCGCACGAUGGCCCGGCAGGUAUGACUCCGGACGGAGUCAUUGAGUCGAACUGGAGCGAGUCCGUCGAGAACUUCGACGAUAUGGGCCUGCGAGAGGAACUGCUCCGUGGCAUUUACGCGUACGGUUUUGAGAAACCGUCUGCCAUCCAGCAGCGCGCUAUUACGCCGUGUAUCGCGGGACGCGAUGUCAUCGCUCAAGCCCAAUCCGGUACCGGAAAAACGGCUACGUUCUCGAUUGCGAUCUUGCAGCUGAUCAACACCGAGAUCCCCGAAUGCCAAGCGCUGAUCCUGGCCCCGACCCGUGAGCUGGCGUCGCAGAUUCAAAAGGUGGUGAUAUCGCUGGGCGAUUUUCUGAAGGCUCAAUGCCACGCCUGCAUCGGCGGAACGAACGUUCGCGACGAUAUGCGCCGCCUGGAGCAGGGUUGCCAUAUCGUGGUGGGAACGCCCGGUCGUGUCCACGAUAUGAUCUCGCGUAACGUGCUGCGCCCGAACAGCAUCAAGCUGUUCGUCCUGGACGAAGCGGACGAGAUGUUGUCACGUGGUUUUAAGGAUCAGAUUCAGGACGUGUUCCAGAAGCUGCCCCCGGACGUGCAGGUCAUCCUGCUGUCCGCUACGAUGCCCGCGGAUGUGCUGGAAGUUUCCGAGCACUUCAUGCGUAAGCCGGUCAAGAUCCUCGUGAAGAAGGAGGAGCUUACGCUAGAAGGUAUCAAGCAGUUCUACGUCGACGUCAAGUACGAGGAGUGGAAGCUCGGCACGCUGUGCGAUCUGUACGACACGCUGUCGAUCACGCAGGCCGUCAUAUUCUGCAAUACGCGUCGCAAGGUAGACCAGCUGACCGAGGAAAUGGCCGAGAAGACGUUCACCGUGUCGGCCAUGCACGGCGACAUGGAGCAGCGUGACCGCGAUCUUAUCAUGAAGCAGUUCCGUACCGGCUCAUCCCGUGUGUUGAUCACCACGGACUUGCUCGCUCGUGGUAUCGAUGUGCAGCAGGUUUCGUUAGUUAUUAAUUAUGACCUUCCAACGCUGAGAGAAAACUACAUUCAUAGAAUUGGACGUGGAGGACGUUUCGGUCGUAAGGGAGUUGCUAUCAACUUCGUCACCGAGCAGGACAAGCGGGUUCUCGCCGAUAUCGAGAAGCAUUACAACACAACCAUUGAGGAAAUGCCAGCUAACCUGGCUGACAUGAUUUAAUCGCCGAAAGCUUUCCGUUUUCCAAAAGCAAAUUGUACGUGCGUGCGUCUCUUUGGUGUGUGCUGUGUGCGUGUUUCGUGUGCGCGAGAAGGCUAUAAAGAUUCCAGAGAUCGAGCGAUAUCUUAGAGACGACAGACGAAGGUGGAAGAAGGGGCAGGAAGGUGGAAGCGGGCAUUAUCCGACGACACUCGCCGCAGCAGAGGGAACCCGCAUUUAGUAGAGAACACAACAGGCAGAGCAAAAUCGAUUACAUCAUCCGGUUCAAGAUCAGUAGCAGCAGCAGCAGCAGCAGCAGCACCAGGAAAACAAAAAAGUUCAUCUACUACGAAAAGCCACGUCCUUUCUGAAUAAAGCAAGAAACAAGGUGUAAGAAGAACUCAAAUUAAUAACUGAAACCUAAAUCUACUACUUUUAUUGCUAAUAAAAUUAUUCAAAUCAACAAUACAACAACCA